GCUGGCGCCUGGCCUGGGUCCCCGCUCCUCCGCCGGCGAGCUCAGCCGCCUGGGGCAAGUGCUUCCCUGCCCUGGCCUCGUCCGCGCCCCUCUGCGCGCCCCCAGCGGGGCACCUCAAGUCUCCUCCAGCUGUGGCCUUAUGGGGUCAGAGGUGUCCCCUGAUAGGGUCCCCCUGUGCUGAGAGACCCCACUACACCCCGAGGACACGUCGGCCCCCGAGAGGGCGGGAGGCGGAUCCUGCUUCUGGUUCCGUCAUCGCGCCCUGGCCCAGACGUUAGGAGCUCCUUGAGCCACCCCGGCUCUGCUCUCUGGGCCUCAGUUUCCUCAUCUUUAAAAUGAAGACGCUGAGUAGAUAUCAAGAAGUGCCUGCACCCUGCGCCUUUCAUCCAGACUAAUCUGGCUGCAGUGACUCUUGUUCAAGGGACGAUCACUUUGGAUAGCUUAUUACAGCUCCUCUCACGGUACUCCUGGUGUGCAUGUCACAAGUCGAUAGGAUCAAGAACCAAGUCGGUUUUGCUCUCAGGGGCUCUUGGGGCCACCAGUCAAGACUUCUUCUCGCCUGUGAAUGAGCAGACAGGAUGAUGAAUGAGGUGAAAGAAUCCCUUCGAAGUGUGGAGCAGAAGUACCGGCUCUUCCAGCAGCAGCAGUUCACCUUCAUCGCUGCCCUGGAGCACUGCAGGGAGAAUGCCCACGACAAGAUCCGGCCCGUCUCCAGCAUCGGGCAGGUGCAGAGCUACAUGGAGCACCACUGCGGCAACUCCACAGACCGGCGUGUCCUGCUCAUGUUCCUGGACAUCUGCACAGAGCUCGGCAAGCUGUGCCAGCACUUCGAGGCCCUGCACUCGGGCACCCCCAUCACCAACGACCUCCUCGAGAAGUGCAAGACCCUCGUUAGCCAAAGCAACGACUUAAGCAGCCUGCGAGCAAAGUACCCUCACGACAUGGUGAACCACCUCAGCUGCCACGAGGCCAGGAACCACUAUGGAGGCGUGGUCAGCCUCAUCCCCACUGUCCUAGACUUGAUGAAAGAAUGGGUCGCCCACUCGGAGAAGCUGCCCCGCCAAGCGCUGCAGCACGUGAGUGAGCCCCAGGCCAUAGGCACCCAGCCUCGGUUAAGAAAAGACAAGUGUGGGCAACCGACACAAGACAGCCUCAAACCUAGGGGGAAAAACAAAGAAUGUUCAAAACCACCCUGGAGACCACCUGGUGGGAAACUAACUCAGCCGGUGACCUGCUUGAUCCCAAUCCCAUCCUGUCCCGUCCCGUCCCGUGGGGCACUUUGCUACUAAGCUUGGUUUCCACUAGUUGAUCCAUUUUCACCGGUGCCCACAGUCUUUGCCCCUUAUUAACCCCCAAGGGGACCGCCCCAUGUAUGUCUGAGAACCUCUCUCCCUCUCGUGCUUUAACUUCUAACUUUUCCUCGCCUCCGAGCGUCAGGCUCCGUGCUGAUGAAGAGGACUGUCACUUAGUGUUGCUGGUAGAGGGUGUCCCGGGGAGGCUGGGAAAGGGCUAGGGCACCGACUGUGCUGCCCAGGCCCAGCUUUCCCAGCUGAGCCGCUCAGCUGGAGGCGGCCGCUCAGCUCCCUUCCCCCCGCGGCGGCAGCCAUAGGCGAGACGCCACUCUCUGCAAGACAGGGCUGCUCCCGCCUCCCGGGGUGCCGAGGGCAGCUCGCUGCACUGCUCAGUGUGAUCAGGUCUCUGGACCAAAGCCCAAGGGGGAACGAACCCGCCUUGCCUCUCCUUUACUUGGGAGGGAGACUGAGAGAAGCCGGAAGAAUUGACUUUGUGGCUCCCGUCCACGGACAGUUACCUGGUUUCCACAACAUAAUUGAGGCCCAGAUGUUGUAAAAUGCGUCACUGGCUUCCGAGCUUGCCAGAAGUACUGUCUGACUGUUGGUUUUUGCCUUCACAGGGGGCGACUUAGCUUCUGUAUUCUUGCUUCCUCGGGGGCGAUGUUCAAGAAUAAAAAGUGUUCUGCCA